CCGUGGUGGCGCGUUGUCUUCCGUCCUCCUGCAGCAGUCUGCAUAAUUUUUCUUUCUUUUUUGCAAUUUUGAACAUUUUACAAGACGAGGGUUCGAGGCAGGUGAGAGCAUCCUGCUCGUCGCGGAGGAGCCCGCGGGCACUUGGCGCGCUCUCCGGAGACCGUCUGCACUGGAAACCCGAAAGUUUUUUGUUUUUAUUUUCUUGUGCAGAUGUAUUUAUAAAGAUACAAGUAAUUUUUUUCCUUGUCUCCACCGCCUUGAAAGAGAGUACUUUUGGCAAAGGACGAAGGAAAAAGCUCAGCAACCUUUUGGGGGGCGGUUUUUUUUUUUUUUUAAGAAAAAGAUUUGAGUGCAUCGCGACGAGAAAAUGUCCCGACCGCUCCCCCUGAAUCCCACCUUUAUCCCGCCUCCCUACGGCGUGCUCAGGUCCUUGCUGGAGAACCCGCUGAAGCUCCCCCUUCAUCACGAAGACGCAUUUAAUAAAGAUAAAGACAAGGAAAAGAAGCUGGAUGAUGAGAGUAAUAGCCCGACGGGCCCCCAGUCAGCGUUCUUGGGACCCACCUUAUGGGACAAAACCCUUCCCUAUGAUGGAGAUACUUUCCAGUUGGAAUACAUGGACCUGGAAGAGUUUUUGUCGGAAAAUGGCAUCCCCCCCAGCCCUCACCAUGACCACAGCCCUCACCCUCCCGGGCUGCAGCCGGCUUCCUCAGCGGCCCCCUCUGUCAUGGACCUCAGCAGUCGGGCCUCUGCACCCAUUCACCCUGGCAUCCAGUCCCCGAACUGUAUGCAGAGCCCCGUCAGACCAGGUCAGCUGUUGCCAGCAAACCGCAAUACACCGAGUCCCAUUGAUCCUGACACCAUCCAGGUCCCGGUGGGGUAUGAGCCAGACCCGGCAGACCUUGCCCUCUCCAGCAUCCCUGGUCAGGAAAUGUUUGACCCUCGCAAACGCAAGUUCUCUGAGGAAGAACUGAAGCCGCAGCCCAUGAUUAAGAAAGCUCGCAAAGUCUUCAUCCCUGAUGAUCUGAAGCAGGAUGACAAGUACUGGGCCAGGCGCAGAAAGAACAACAUGGCAGCCAAGCGCUCCCGCGAUGCCCGGCGGCUGAAGGAGAACCAGAUCGCCAUCCGGGCGUCCUUCCUGGAGAAGGAGAACUCGGCCCUCCGCCAGGAGGUGGCUGACUUGCGGAAGGAGCUGGGCAAGUGCAAGAACAUCCUCGCCAAGUACGAGGCCAGGCACGGGCCCCUGUAGGACGGCAUUUCGGGGGGCUGGCUUUUGACUGGAUGGACCGUUUGUUUCCUGUCUUGUCGCAGCGCCACACCCGAACCAACCUUCCUGACAUCAGCACUUUCCCAGAGGCGUCGACACAACUGACUCACGUUUUGGUGUGUGUGCGCGCGCGCGCGCGCUCCUGUGUGUGGUCGCUGGUGUGCGUGCGCGCGCCCCUUUGCACUUGCCAUUUUCAGACGGCCCUCUCCCCUCUUUCAGUUCCACAAAAGAAAGGUGCCAUGUUUUUACUGGACUGUGAAGCCCUCUCGCGGGUUUUCCUGUCCCGCCCGCCUUCCCCACUCCUGCCCAGUCAGCGUGGCUUCGUGUUCGCUCUCACCUACUCAUCCAGGACCCUCUGCUUGGAUUCACUAGGAAAGGCCCUGGUAAAACAGUAGGUCUCAGUUUUCCAAACGACAAAGCUCUUGUUUCUGUUUGACCUGUAAGUUACCAUGCUAAUAAGGUGCACAGAGUAACUUAGCACUACACUUGCAGCUCUAUUCAGUUAUAGGUUGCUUUCCUCAUAUUUUCAGUUCUGGUGGUAAUCGUUUUGAAAUUAAAAGUGCUGUUUAGAUUUAUUAGAUCCCAUAUUUACUUACCGCUAUCUACUAAGUUUCCUUUUAAUUCUACCGACCCCAGAUAAGUAAGAGUACUAUUAUAGAACACAGAGUGUGUUUUUGCACUGUCGUACCUAAAGCAAUAAUCCUAUUGUACGCUAGAGCAUGCUGCCUGAGUAUUACUAGUGGACGUAGGAUAUUUUCCCUACCUAAGAAUUUCACCCUGUUUGGAAAAAAACACAAAAAUUACAGUAAUGCAUUUGAGCAUGCCCAGAACAUCCCCAGGACAGGGAAGCAGAGGGAAAUGCUAGGUCUAAGAAAGAGGGGUUAAUUUAUCAGUGUGUGAGCCAAAAAAAAAAUGCAACUUGGAACAGCUUUUGAUAUUGACAUGUUUGGUUUUGUUCUUCCCCCUCUCCCAUACCCACCCCCCACUUUUCUAGUUAACUUUUUCCAUAUCCCUCUCAAUAUUCAAAGCAAUUCAAUUACUUAAGAUUCAGUUUUCCCCAUUUUUUGUAAUAUAUAUAUUUUUGUGAAUUACACCUUGCUGUUUUUAAAAAUCAGUGAGUUAAGUUUAAUGAGUUGAUGUUUUGUAAGACCUGUUUUCCUAGUGGUGUCAUUUUUGAAUGCUUCAUAAAUUAACGAUUCUGGAGCUUAUGUUUCUUAUUCUCUGUUUGCUUUUGAACGGAUGUGCUUUUAUAAAGUGGACUUCUGAAAAAAAAUGAAUGUAAAAGACACUGGUGUAUCUCAGAAGGGGAUGGUGUUGUCACAAACUGUGGUUAAUCCAAUCAAUUUAAAUGUUUACUAUAGACCAAAAGGAGAGAUUAUUAAAGUGUUUAAUGUUUAUACAGAGUAAUUAUAGGAAGUUCUUUUUUGUACAGUAUUUUUUGGAUAUAAAUACUGACAAUGUAUUUUGGAAGACAUAUAUUAUAUAUAGCAAAGAGAAAAGGAAAACUAUUCCAUGUUUUAAAAUUAUAUAGCAAAGAUAUAUAUUCACCACUGUUGUACAGAGAAGUGCUUGGGGGUUUUGAAGUCUUUAAUAUUUUAAGCCCAUCACUGACACAUCAGCAUGUUUUCUGCUUUAAAAUUUUAUGACAGUAUCGAGGCUUGCUGUGAUGACUCCCGCUCUAAAACAUAUAAGGAGCUUUCUUGUUUCCUAUUAGGUCUCAGAAAAAGUCAGUUAUCACCCAAAAGCACAAAAUGGAUGUUAGUCAAAUAUUUAUUGGAUGAUACAGUGUUUUUUAGGAAAAGCGUCUGCCACAAAAAUGUUCACUUCAAAAUUGUCAGUUCCUGGAAUGGAAUAUCACUGCAAACGCCCCAAACAAUUCUGUUCUCCUCUGUGGGCACGUGCAUCUUAGGCAGUAUAAAAUUAAUAACGGUGCUAUGUGUAUGGUUUAUAAUUUGAUGGGUGUUUUGACUUUAAAGAUUGUUCUUUUGUUUCACUAAGUUGCAUAAUGUCAAGAGAUUCUGCGUUUAUUGCAAAGAAACAUUUUGUGCCAGAUAAAAAUACCUUUUCAUCAAUGGGACUUUCUAGUUUCCUGCCUCCAGAGUACCCAGUUCUUUAAUGGCCUGGUGGUCCCUUUGUCAACCCAUCAGCAGUUCUUCUUUCAUAGUGUUAUAGUCUCAGGAGACCCAACUAGUAGGAUGUUCCUACUAGGUAUCCGUUUUGUCCGAUGCUACAGGUUACAGUGGGAGAGGGAAGAAUAUUGGAGUUGAAGUACAUUGUUCAGGUAAAUAUCUCAUAAACAGACAGGACCUUUGGCAAUUUCCAGCAGAGCUGAAUGAGCAAUAUUCAGUCGGAGACACAAGUGGACACGGAAUUGGCCUUUGUAUCAGUAAAGAGACUGAUUGCAGCAGAAUUGUUAAAUGGCAGAAUCCACUAAAGCAGAGACAAAUGAUAUAUUUAAGUGCAGAAGUGUUGAAGGGAUUGUUGUAUCCUGGACCAUCCAAAUUCAUUGAAGUAUAAAAUGGUAGCUAAAAAAAAAUAUAUGUAUUUAAGCAGUGGUCGUUCUUUGAAUUAGGUUUUUUGUAUCAAAUGAGCAUCACAAAUGUUUUCUGCAGAAGAAAUGAAAAGAUCAUAAUAAACGUAUCUUCUGUGUGCCAGGAGAGGUUUCAGGAACCUACCUCGUCUUAAAAAAUGGAAAACCUUUGGAGUCUGUACAGGUGCCUUAUAUGUAGGUCGUUGUCACCACACACACAUGAGCACUCGCUCCUGGUCGCGCCACCCUCUGUCCAGGGCAGUUAACAAAUGAAUAAGGCAGUUCUGCUAGGUGGCGUGGGAGGCCGUGGCCCGACUUGAAAUGACUUGGAUCAACCAGGGUCAAAUGAGUUCUGCAGACUGCAGCUAUUAUAAGAGUCCUGUUGUCAUUUUUCACCUUUUCAUCAGAAGCAUCUUUCAGAGAUUAAUUACUUGGCCAUUAAAAAUGAAUCCAAAUCAUAUCAUGCCAACAUCAUUUAGACACGAUUUUGGAAUGAACGACCCGGGACUUCCUGACAAGGGCACAUCAUCAUUUCUUUUGACUAGACUUGCAAAGAAAGGCAAAAAUUGAUCAGCCUAUAUCUCCUGCUCAUGCUACUUUGAGGAGGUAGGUAGGGAACGGGAGAGCUGUAAGUGAUCACUUCCUUCUCUUGAGAAAGGUGCCACCUUUUGGCCAUUGAAACCCCACAUUGGGCAAGAUGGUGCUAGGCCUUUUAUCUGCAAAUGAGACAGACAUCUGCGAGACCAUCCCUUAAAGCGGAAGGCCCGGGAGUUCCAGGAGAGAGCAGAUGGGCGUCUGGCCUUGGGUGGGUAGGAAGCUGCACUAGAUACCCCACAGCUACCUUUCAACUCACCGGCUUUGUGAGGGAACUCAAAAUAAUCAGACAUACAUAUUGAAAGUCUCAGGUCUACUUUUGGAAGAGUCAGGAAGAAUUUUAAGUGGAUCCCUCCCCCAUGGCCCCAAAGUUUAACAACAGACAUUCUGUACAAUACAAAGUUAUGCUUCGCUUUUUCCAGUAGUUUAUCUAAUUGUCCCUUAAUGUUCCUCUUAGGAAAACUCAAACUUCAUCAGAGUUAAUCAGAGUGAUCCCAGGAGCAGGCCUGUUGGCCUGCUUGCUUGCUUGUGUGAGGGGUGUGGAGGCCCGGAUUUCACCCGGGGUCAGCAAGCUGCAGGUGAUUGGACACUAGGUGUUCUGUGUGCUAGACACCUGCUCUCACCCCCAGCUUCCUGCUCAGGGCUCCUUGGCCCCCGAAGUGGGGGCCAAGGUCUCCUCCAGGUUUUCUCUACAAUUAAUAGCAUCAUUUAAAAUAAUGAAAAAAGCCUUAGCCUAGAUCUUGAUGAAUUGGACUUGGCAACUGAUGUCAGUAUAUUUUGCAGAGGACCAAAUGUAUGGAGGGGUGUGUGUGUGUGUGUGUGUGUGUGAAUGUAUGCGUGCGUAUAAAUAUUUAAGUCAAGACAUAAAAUCUUUCAUUUUGGAGCACCUUAACGAACAUAACAAUAACCUCCCAUGAUCCUUUUGGCAACACCACAAAGAUUGCUUCUGUUAAACAGGUACCAGUUCACAUGAGGUCAGUUUAAUUGUGUACCACGAUAUUGGUGGUGUUUAUGCUGUUAAGUGCAAACCUUUGUCUGUUAUUCUUAAUGUUUAAUAAACUUUGAAUUUUUUUCCUUUC